AUGUCCUCUGCUGAGUACGACGAUGAGCAACCGACCAUCCGCAUAAACAUCCCCCAACGCUUCCUCGUCCUCCCUGGGGCUGCGGUCCUCACCGGCAUCACCAUCGGCCUCUUUCGCGGCUCCCGGACGGCCUCCCUCAGAUUCCUCGCCGAAAACGCGCACCGCGCGCCGCGGACCGUGCGCGGCUGGUACCUCUACAACAAGUCCAAGAACUACCGCGUCGCCCUCGGCGGACUCAAAGGGGCUGGUGCGGAGGCUGCCCGGCUGGGGCUGACGGCUGCGACAUGGGUCGGCAUUGAGGAAGGCUGCGCCCGGCUGGGGGUGGACGACGCGCAGGAGGCCGUCGCAGGCCUGGGGACCGCGACCCUGUUCGGUGUCAUGUACCGGCUUCCUGCGGCCACCUUCCGGCGGACCGUACUUCUUGGGGUGGUGAUCGGGGGAAUGCUGAGCGGGCUGCGGUGGAGCAAGGGCCGCCUGGAAGAGCAACUGGAGAGACACAGGGAGGAGGUAGAACCCGGCGCGGGUGUGGAAGCGGGGGCGGGGCCGGCGGAGAGCCUGGCGGCGAAGGGGAGCUAG